CGAAAUAAAAGCAAGGUAGGAGCGUCAUGCUGUCCUUCGGCGUUUUAUUCUUCUCCUUCUUAGCAAUCAUGGUGACGCUGGCGCUGUAGGCCGAGGUUGCAGGGGGACAAAGGCAGGCUGGAGACUAGUUGGUGCGCAGAUGGAGUCUCCAGGUGGGGAGAUAAGGGCUAGCCCUGGCUCCUGGUCAGAAGGCUCGGGGAAACUGAGGCUGGAGCAGAAGGGGGAAACUUGGGGAAGGGAGGUGCGGGAGCCCCCGCGCGCGCACGCGGCUCGCUCACCUGGCGGGAGCAGGGAGGGCGGAGUCCGUUGCAGAGAGAGGACACAAAGCCAGGGUCCCCGCGUGGGAGGGACGCGAGGCCCAGGCGCGGUGCGCGGCGCGCGGACUCUUUGUCUGCGCGCUCUGCAGACCGCUCGGCCCCGCCCCAACCCCGCCCCCGGCUCCGGCGCCUCCGCCUCCCACUCUGCGGGUCCCAGGGUCUCGGCCCUGCGCGGGGAUCGCAAUCCGGGUCCCUUCCCGGCCCGUUGCGCGCGCCUUCUGUGCGCCCUGCGCGAGCACGGUUGGUCCCGGGGACCUGGGAGAUCGCGGCGGAGUCUGGGGAAGGCGAGAUCCCGCGGCCCGCGCCCCCAGUUGCCUCCCCGCGUCUCACGGUCGCCGAUUCCUCGGUCCCCACGUCUUCCGUGCCUGCGGCUCGCUGGAGUCCGUUUCCAUGGUGCAGUCCAGGCCUCCAAGAUAGUGGGUGGGCACGAGGCUCGGCCCCAUUCUCGGCCUUAUGUGGCAUCCCUGCAGCUGAGCAGGUCCCCUGGGAGCCACUUCUGUGGUGGCACGCUGAUCCACCCGAGAUUCGUGCUGACAGCUGCCCACUGCCUGCAGGACAUCUCCUGGCAGCUUGUGACAGUGGUGCUGGGUGCCCACGACCUGCUGAGCUCGGAGCCUGAGCAGCAGAAGUUCACUAUCACUCAGGUCUUCGAGAACAAUUACAACCCCGAGGAGACCCUCAAUGAUGUGCUUCUCCUUCAGCUAAACCGGCCGGCCUCCCUGGGCAAGCAGGUGGCGGUGGCCUCUCUGCCCCAGCAGGACCAGUCUCUCUCCCAGGGCACCCAAUGCCUGGCUAUGGGCUGGGGCCGCCUGGGCACCCGAGCGCCCACGCCCCGUGUGCUGCAUGAACUGAACGUCACGGUGGUCACCUUCCUGUGCCGAGAACACAACGUGUGCACGCUGGUGCCACGGAGGGCAGCAGGCAUUUGCUUCGGAGACUCGGGCGGCCCCUUGAUCUGCAACGGCAUUCUUCAUGGAGUGGACUCCUUCGUGAUUCGCGAAUGCGCCUCCCUCCAGUUUCCCGAUUUCUUCGCCCGGGUGUCCAUGUAUGUGAACUGGAUUCACAGUGUGCUGCGGAGCGCAGAGCCCUGAGGUGCCCUUCUGUGCUCCGGGCAGCCUAAAACUGGGGCGACCACUAGCAGACUCCAGUGGGGAAAACGUGGAGUGAAGUAGACUGGUCCUUUCUAGGCUUUUCUGCCAUCCACCCACCCACGGACCCGCUGGAAUGGAGUCAGUUCUGUUCUCCAAUUCCAUGCGACCUCAAUAAAAACUGAGAUAUAUUUAAAAA